CAUGUCCUCAUGAAAUGUUUUAUAGUUGUCUCUGAAAGCCAUGGAUGUAUUUAUUGAUAAGGAUCCAAGAUGUCUACUGAGUGUGGGGACAUUUUUCAGUUGAAAAAAAGAACUUGUCAGUGCUCUUUGUAUAAGUUUUUGCAAACAUAUCUUAGCAGACUUCUGAAACUUGCUUAUACUCCAUUACAUUCUGCAUCUGUUUUUUUUUUUUAAUUUAUCCUUUAACUACAUUUUUGUUUCAUGUUGAGGUUUAGGUUAAAAGAAACAGAGGGUCUCCACUGACAUCGUUCACAUCUACUCAAGUGGUAAAUAAAGGGUUAAAACCAUGUGGACAUUUCUUGGGAUCCCUGUUAAUUGUGAGGCACCUGUCCCUGCUGUCAUGAGCUGAUGUUAACCAGGCUGCCCAGUCUCUCUCUGCCUCGUCAGUCUGCAGCAGCAGCAGCUCCUGAAGGCUGCAGCAGGACUCCGUACCAGCAGCCUUCUCACAGUCUCACAGCUCGGGUGCUUGCUGCAGAGGACAAUGGAAAGAGUCAAUCACAUCAACAUCGCAAUGAUAGAAGAAAUUGGCACCAACGGGACGGCCAGAUAUAAGGUCGUCACAGCGACGGACCAGAACAAGCAGCCGCGUGGAUCUACUGUGAGCUUCCACAAUAUCCAGUACAAAGUGCAGCUGAAGAGCGGCUUCUUCUGCAAAAGGAAAACCAGUCCCAGAGAAAUACUGGUGGACCUCAAUGGGAUUAUGAGACCUGGCCUGAACGCUAUUCUUGGACCUACUGGAAGUGGAAAAUCUUCAUUCUUGGAUAUUCUGGCUGCAAGGAAGGAUCCUUCAGGUCUCUCAGGAGAAGUACUCAUUGACGGAGCACCACAGCCUCCAAACUUCAAGUGCCUCUCUGGCUAUGUGGUUCAGGAAGAUGUGGUCAUGGGCACCCUGACUGUGAGGGAGAAUCUGCGUUUUUCUGCAGCUCUGCGGCUGCCCAGCUCUGUGCCACAGAGUGAGAAGGAGGCUCGAGUCAAUCACCUCAUCAAAGAACUGGGUCUUACCAAAGUGGCUGACUCCAAGGUGGGCACACAGAUGACCCGGGGAAUAUCAGGAGGAGAGAGGAAGAGGACAAACAUCGGAAUGGAGCUGAUUAUUGAUCCUUCAGUUCUCUUCCUAGAUGAACCAACCACAGGACUGGAUGCCAGCACUGCCAACUCUGUCUUGCUGUUGCUGAAAAGAAUGGCCAGUCACGGAAGAACCAUAAUUAUGUCCAUCCACCAACCUCGCUACUCCAUCUACAGACUGUUUGACACUCUUACCUUGCUGGUUAGUGGUAAAAUGGUGUACCACGGACCAGCUCCAAAUGCUUUGGACUAUUUUGCCAACAUCGGCUAUACCUGUGAGCCCCACAACAACCCAGCUGACUUCUUCCUGGAUGUUAUUAAUGGAGACUUCACUGCCUCAACCAUGACCAAAGUGCACGGCUCUGAAGAUUUGGACUUUGAGGAGCUUAGCAUCUCCAAACAGAGCAUUGAGGAACGCCUGGUAGAGGAGUACAGGAACUGCAGCUACUCCAGCGACACCCGAGCUGAGCUGAACCGCAUUGCCCAGGAUAAGGAGUGUAUCUCAAAUCCGAAAUCCCACACCAUCACCUACAACAGCUCCUUCUUCCACCAGCUACGUUGGGUACUAAAAAGAACCUUCCAGAACCUCAUGUUAAAUCCACAAACGUCUGUUGCUCAGCUGGGAGUCAACAUUUUCCUUGCCCUCAUCGUAGGAGCCAUUUUCUUCGGAGUCAAAGAUGAUCAGAGUGGCAUCCAGAACAGGAUGGGUGCUCUCUUCUUCAUCACUACCAACCAGUGUUUCAGCACUGUGUCAGCAGCUGAGCUCUUCAUCAUUGAGAGGAAGCUUUUUGUGCAUGAGUACAUCAGUGGAUACUAUAGAGUGUCUGUCUACUUCAUCUCUAAGAUCCUGUCCGACAUCACUCUACGCACCAUCACUUCUGUUAUCUUCAGCUGUAUUGUCUAUUUUAUGAUCGGGCUCAAAUCCACAGUAGCAGCCUUUUUCGUCUUCACGCUGACGGUGACUCUGGUGGCCUACACAGCCACAGCCAUGACCAUGGCCAUCUCAGCUGACCAGAGCGUCGUGGCUCUCGCCAGCAUCUUCAUGACCAUUACCUUUGUCUUCAUGAUGAUUUUCUCAGGUCUCCUGGUGAACCUACCCAGCAUCAUGGAUUGGCUGGCUUGGCUGAAGUACUUCAGUAUUCCUCGCUAUGGCCUCGCAGCCUUGAAGAUCAAUGAAUUUGUGGGCCUGAAAUUCUGUGAGGAGGCUGUGAUCCGAAACAUCAGCAUGUCAGCUAUAAUGACCAACUGCAGUGUGAGUGCAGCUGGCCUGACAUGCACAGGAGAGCAGUAUCUGGACUACCUGGGAAUAGAGUACACCACCUGGGGACUGUGGGAGAACCACGUGGCUCUGACUGUUAUGUCGAUCAUAUUUCUCAUCAUCGCCUACCUGAAACUCCGCUACAUCAAGAAGUUCACUUAAAAGUUUCAUUUUUGUUUUUGAGGACCCGGGCCUGUAGGUGUUCACAAUUAUGUCAAACGC